AUGACGAUGGCACAGAAUAUGGACGAGAUGCACAAGCGGCCUAAAGGCAUCCUUAAGAACUCCAGCUCGCACAGCGUUCUGCAAGUGUCGCACGCCAGUGAAACCCUCGCCCCGCCAACCCCGGCUAUUGAAACCGCGGACAACAAGGAGCUCACGCUCCAAAACACCCUCCAGAAUGCCGGUCGUCGUCGGUCGUCGUCCACUCGUCCGGGCAACUCCUCUCGCCGCCAGUCCCUCGCUAGCAUCAAGGACGAUGAAAACUCCCCGCGACUGAAAUGGGACGAGGCGAACCUCUACCUCACCGAGCAGGAGAAGACCGCCAAGAUGAAGAUCGACGAGCCCAAGACGCCCUACGCUCCGCACUACGACCCGGCCGAGGACGAGGAUGAGAUGGAGCUUGCGGAUGCGGAGGAGAAACUGAUCGACGCCCAGGAUGUGGUGGUGGACGAGUUGGACGAGUCGACGAAGGGACUUAAGAGGGCCGUCGCGGAGGACGAGAUCCCAGAGCUAGAACUAGGAGACCCUGAGGAGUCUCUCGUGGGCGGUGCGCAUACCGGGGGGAAUGACCGGAUCGUGCGCGGCCGCAGUCUGAGCAACGAGUCGCACCGGAGCGACAAGCAUGUGGUGAUGGGUGGCGGACAGGAGAACGGGGAGACCGCUUCGGGCGAGGAUGCCAUGGUCACCCCCGAGGAAGCUCAGGCGAAGCACCGUGAAUUCGAGAAGCAGCGGAAACGACACUACGAAAUGAGGAACAUCAAGGAACUUUUAGCGCAUCCCGAGAACUUGGACGAAAUGGACGAGGACGAAGACGAGCAAAAAGACACUCAGGUGCCCCCGGUUCCUCCAGUGCCUCAGAUUCCCGGAAAGUUCUUGAACGGGACGAAGUAG